AUGUAUUUAGAAGAUAGAACGGAAAGAUUCAGAAGUUUAAUUCCAAGUUACAUUCGAGAUUCCUCGGUGGCUGUUGUGGUAUAUGACAUCACAAAUCGAAAUUCAUUCAUGAACACGGCAAAAUGGAUUGACGAUGUUCGUGCUGAACGAGGAAAUGAUGUCAUCAUUGUGUUGGUUGGAAAUAAAACAGAUUUAAAUGACAAAAGACAAGUUACAACAGAAGAAGGGGAAAAGAAAGCCAAAGAAUUUAAUGUGAUGUUUAUCGAGACCAGUGCGAAGGCCGGUCAUAAUGUAAAAACACUCUUUCGUAAAAUUGCUCAGGCUUUACCUGGAAUGGAAAAUACAAUGAAUGAACCUCAAAACCAACUAAUUGAUGUAAAUAUUAAUUCUAGUGCUACAAAUGCUAACGAGCAAUCAUCGUGCUCUUGUGAUGAAACAGUAGUUGGUUGGAUUACCAGGAUUUUCUCGGCAGCAGUUGUAGUACAAUCUUUUUUAACUCGUUAA